UUAUGACUCAUUCGUUGUCAUUCGAUUCGUUCAUUCACAAGUGAAGCGCUGUUUCGGGCAGACGGACAUUAUUCUUAAGUAAAUGUUAAUAGAAUUUCUUUUCUUAUCCAGAAAUAAUGUCUGCUGAAGUAUGUCGAUAGACUGCCUAGUGAAAAAGCAAAGAAAAAUGUAACAAAUCGAAGUGAUUUUUCACCGGCUCAAUGUUUUUGACCAACAAAAAGUUAGAUGUUAAAUUUUUCCUAUGGGGUCUGUUCCUGCUGCAAAUAUUUUUGAUAUCGAUGUUCCUGGCUUUUGGAUCGCUUUUGGUCAGCAGUAUCCAGCAGGAUGAGACGAUCAGCAACGACGGGCCUGUGGGCCAUCUACUGGCAGCAUCGAAGGGUGUUAUCCCUUCGACAUCUUCCUGGUUCAAUGUGAAAUUCAUCAGCAACCAAAGUGCUACCCUGACUACACUGAAUGAAGACCCAACGAUAUCUCGGCAAGAAGUCCAACACCUGAGGCACCCACGGUUCAAACCAGUGCGGCUUAGGGCGGUCCCCACCCCGGACAAAUACAACCAAUAUUACAGGUCAAUAUAUUAUCACGAUGGCUACCGGGAGCAACAGAGACUGUGCUUCAUCGAGGGCACCCUCUUUCCGGAAGCAAAGCCAACGGCGCAGAAAUCGGUAUUGCCUGCGGGGACACCACGUACGAAGCAAACUAAUGAGACUGAUCUGGAAACAGGCAAAUUAGACAUAGAUGUGAGAGAGUUGGAAGAGCAGGUAAUUGAGCGUGUAGAUGAACCGGAGAAUGAAGUACUCUUUGAUGGUCGCUGCCAGUGUGCGCCAGAGUGGCAUGGGCCGGAUUGCGGCCUGCCGGAAGUGCUCUGGAGAGCGUUCAUAGCGUCAAAGAUCCCACCUAGAAAUCAAACGGCCGCGCCUCGGAAGGUACCCAAACGAGUUUUUUACAUCAUCGAUACUAACUUUAUCAGUGUGGAAGUGCUGGAGGUUCAGAUUAUGGAACUGAUCGAAAUCGUCAGCUUGUUUGUGUUGUGUGAUAGGCAAGUUUCGGUGGUUGAAGGAAUGAAAAGUGAAACUUACUCCAUAGGGGCUCAUAUGAAAAGUACUGAUUUUCUGAAGAAAACACAAGAAAGAAUUCUACUGCUGGAAGAUCCCAGUUGUAGUGGGAAGAACAUUUUUCGCAAAAUGAAAAAAUAUGUCAGAAAAAACGAUAUGCAUCCGGAAGAUAUUCUACUGUACAGCCAAACAGACGAGAUUUUAAACCGGCGGGCAGUCAAUUAUUUCCGUUGGUACGACAAUUGGCCGCAGCCGGUUAAGUUUCGACUGAAGUACAACGUAUUCGGCUUUUUCUGGCAACAUCCGGAAAAUACCAGAAUUGGGGGGGUUGCCUGUCAAUUAAGUACAGUAGACGAAGCUUAUCGGUCCGACCCGGAAGCCCUCCUGGGGAUCGAUAAACCAGUGAUGAUAAUCGGUGAUCUGAAUCAUUAUGGUGGAUGGUACUGCCGCCACUGUUACCAACCAAUAGAUAUAGUGAAAUAUUUAGAAUUCAUGGCUUUAGGUAAUACUACUAGCAGAGAUAGCUUUAGUGAAGCUAACCAAUCGUCAUAUCUUCCUGACCCGAAAAAAAGCAACGUUAUGAAUGAAGAGUACGUUCAAAAUCUGAUCGCCAGUGGGAAGUACUUUGACGGGAAAAUAAAUCUAGUGAAACUACAACGCCACACAGACAAGUACUAUGCACCGGAGUAUGUUCGCAAGAACAGCUGGCGGUUUGAUAAUAUCGUCAUAAAUCUGUUCGCACGCUGGGAGGACAGUGUAAUUGAUGACGAAUAUUUUAGCUAAGCAGGAAAUAUACAGCGUCAGCAAGAGUCAACACCAUAAUCAAGCACAACAUAAUCAACUCAGAAAACAUUAAACUUCCUAUCGUAUACUCAUCACAAAACCAUACAGCAUGCAGUUCGGUAAUAGUGAAUAACAACAGCAUAGCCAAAAUUUUCUACCCCAUUCAAUACUCUAAUCGUAAUCUCACAAGAGCGAGCUUGGUAUGUGUGCAGGGGAUAGUUGAAAACGCAUCUUUCAACUUAGAAUGUAAUACAUACACAAAUGGAACUAAAUUAUUGCUUAGAUAGUGCACCAUUAACAAAAAUUUGCCUGUUUUCAUAUAGAUUUGAAAUGAACUAUUUUUAGACAAAAUAAUCGGCACAGAAAAACAUAACAAAAAAGUAUUUUGUAUCGCAAAUAAAAAAUGAAAUUGGUAACACUUUUCAACUCGAUUAUACUUAAAAUAUAUUAGCCGAUUCUAGGUUAUCAAUGAACUAGUAGAUUUUUUUUUCGCAACGUCUGAUUAUUGAUUUGGCUGACUUAAGUACGAAAUCGUGCGUAUUGUGAUUAUGCUUCCUUUUGUUUGGUCUGAAUAAAUG